AUGGCGCCGAAGUUUACGUACCUUGGAAUGGGCGCUAUGGGUCGUGCUAUGAGUAGAAAUCUAGUCGAGAAGGGCCACCUCGACAAGCCUGUAACCUUCUGGAACCGGACCCACAGAGUAGCCAUUGAAUGGGCUGCUAGUGUUGGACCCGUGGCCAAUGCUGUGGAAGAUCUCUUAGAGGCCGUCAAAGAUGCCGACAUCGUAUGGUCAUGUUUGGCAACUCAGGACGCCGUGCUCUCUUGUUUCAACAGAAUAUUGAGUACUGGGGUCAGAGGCAAACUCUUCGUCGAGAGCUCAACUGUGACCCCGGAGGUGUCAAACAGGCUCGCCGAGCGAGUUCGUGAGGCAGGCGCAGAGUUCAUUUCUAUGCCGGGUACGAGAGCCAUCGUUUAA